AAGCCUCUGCAGGCUCUCCUGCCAACAUCUCGCCAUCAUGGAGCUGCGUCUCGUCCUGCUGCUUCUCUGCAUGACGUCCAGCGCUUCUGGAGGAAACAUCUUGGUGUGGUACACUGAAGCUAGCCACUGGAUAAACAUGAAGCCGCUCCUGGAGACGCUGGUUGAGCGAGGACACAACGUGACCGUCCUGAUCCCGAGCUCAUCCAUGUUCAUGAGCAGCAAGGAGCCGUCACGCUUCCACUACCUACCGUUCAACGUCUCCGUUUCACUCGAGGUCUUGGAGAACUUCCUGGAUGAACUGUUACACUUCACCAUGUAUGAGAUGGAUUACAUGAACUCCUUCCAGAUCUACAAGAAAUUCAUCGAUCUUAUGGACUUUGAUUUAACCUGCUCCCUCAACCUGUUAGACGGCGUGGUGAAAUCAGAGAGCAUAAUGAAGACGCUGAAGGAGGGAAACUUUGACCUUCUCCUGUCUGACCCCAUCUAUCCGGGCAGUGACUUGGUCGCUGACAUUCUAGGACUUCCUGUGGUCUUUUCCUUACGUUUCAGUUUGGUCAAUAACUGGGAAAGAUACUGCGGUCAGCUUCCCGCUCCCCCCUCCUUCGUACCUGGCAGUAUGAGCAAACUGACGGACAAGAUGGACUUCUCCGACAGAGUGUGGAACUUCCUCUUCUAUGCUUUGAAUGAUGUCGUCCAAGAACAAUAUUUCUGGGCCCGGAUAGAUAAAUAUUACUCUGAGGUCAGAGGAACCCCCACCAACGGCUGCCAGUUGAUGGGCAAAGCAGAUAUCUGGUUGAUACGAACAUACUGGGACUUUGAGUUCCCUCGUCCGUUUCUUCCCAACUUCAAGUUUGUUGGUGGGAUCCACUGCCGACCUGCCAAACCUUUACCAAAGGACAUGGAAGAAUUUGUCCAGAGUUCUGGAGACGCUGGCAUUGUGGUCUUCACGUUGGGAUCCAUGAUCAAGAACAUCACAAUAUCAAAGGCGAACAUGAUCGCUUCAGCCCUCGCUCAGAUUCCUCAGAAGGUAGUGUGGAGAUACAGCGGUGAAAAACCAGAAACUUUGGGUUCCAACACCAAACUCUUUGACUGGAUUCCUCAGAAUGAUCUAUUGGGUCAUCCAAAGACCAGAGCGUUCAUCACCCACGGUGGCACCAACGGCAUCUAUGAGGCCAUCUACCACGGCGUCCCUAUGGUGGGCAUCCCCAUGUUCGGCGACCAGCCCGACAACAUGAACCACAUGAAGGCCAAAGGAGCCGCGGAGAUCCUCAACCUGAACUUCAUGACCACCGAGGAGCUCAGAGACACCAUCAACACGGUGGUCACCGAUAAAUCCUACAAAGAAAACGCCAUGCGGCUGUCCGGGAUCCAUCACGACAGACCCAUGAGCGCUCGGGACGAGGCCGUCUUCUGGAUCGAGUUCACCAUGAGAAACAAAGGAGCCAAACAUCUACGGGUCCACUCCCACCAGCUCACCUGGUACCAGUACCACAGCCUGGACGUGCUGGCCGCCUUCCUCUGCUUAGACCUCCUCCUCGUCUUCAUGCUCAUCAGGACCUGCAGGUUCUGUCUCAGGAGAUGCUGCAGCAGCAGAGCAGCAAAGACGAAGGCGGAGUGACAGAAAACUCCCCGUUCAAUAACCAGAUGGAGCUUGAUUCUGUCAUUCCUGCAGCAGGUUUGUCGUUUGCUGCACCUGAGGUCAAGCUGACAGACUGAAGCCUGAUUGGCUGACGGAAGAGACACAAAAACACAAACCAGACUGAUUUUAUUCUUUGCUUUUAGGUGAAAUAUAAUUGUCAACCCACCAUUUCAUAAGUUCACAUUUGAAAGAAAAGACUGGCAUCACAAAACAAGUGAAUUAACUUAAAGCAAAACUCCAUAUUUCAGGAUCAGAAACAUUGACAGUCUUCAUCUUUUCAUUUUUCCGUCUUCUUUGACCCUCCACAGCAUCAGCUCCAUGCAGGCAGCUGCGUCUUCUGCAGUGUCGUGGCCACAAACUGGAGAGACGGCAAACAGUGUCUGAGUUUCACCUGUUCAGCUUCUCUAAUGAUUCUGAAGGACCAAAUGUCUUUAUUAAACUGAGACGUGAGGAAUGGUGACCUUCCUCCUGCAGCUCCGCCCACAAACCCACCGCUUUCCUGGAUGAUCCUCCGCAGGUGUUCGGCCGUCAGCUGGUUGAGGCUGAGCUUGUGGGGGGGGCCCAGGCGGUGGGGGAAGACCACCGCCGUGUCCACGACCUUCCCGUGAAGCAGCUGAAGCACAACACAAACUCCACCGGUCAAACCCCAAACCAGGUUUCAGUUGGGUUUACAGGAGGAGCAGAAAAGCACCAGCUCUGUCACUUGCAUUGCAUCAUGGGAGAAAAAUAUUCAUGCAGUGUAAAUGUGAGUUUUCAUACUAAUUAUAGAUGUUUAACUUAAAUGUU